GUCUCUGGGCAGGGGUCUUGCUGAGAAUGGAGCCGUAAGACGCCGUCAGGUCAGGCCUGUGCGGCGGAAGACUGUGCUGCUCCCACGGCCCACGUCGCCCCCAUGGAUCGUAACAGAGAGGCGGAGAUGGAGCUGAGGAGAGGGCCCAGCCCUCCCAGGGCUGGCAGGAGCCACGAGGUGGACGGGGACAAGGCCGCGUGUCACAGCUGUUGUAUCUGUGGCAAGAGCUUCCCCUUCCAGAGCUCGCUGUCUCAGCACAUGCGCAAGCACACAGGGGAGAAGCCCUACAAGUGCCCGUACUGUGACCACAGGGCCUCCCAGAAGGGCAACCUCAAGAUCCACCUCCGGAGCCACCGCACGGGGACCCUGGCCCAGGGGCCUGGGCCCGAGGCCGGCGAGACGCAGCUGGGCGAGAUGCGCGUGUCCGAGGGCCUGGAUGGGUGCGCCAGCCCCACCAAGAGCACAUCGGCCUGCAACCGCAUGCUGAACGGGGCAGUGCAGGCGGACGGCGGCAAGAUCCUGCUGCGGAGCAGCCGGAAGGAGGCCGAGGGGUCCGCUGGCGCCCCGGAGGAGGCCGAGGCCCGGGCCCGGUGCUCCUUCUGCAAGAGCCAGUUUGAACGCAAGAAGGACCUGGAGCUGCACGUGCAGCAGGCCCACAGGCCUUUCAAGUGCAGGCUGUGCAGCUACGUGACCCUGCGAGAGGAGUCUCUGCUGGGCCAUAUCGAGCGGGACCACAUCACCGCGCAGGUGCCCAAUGGAGGCGAGGCCUGUGUGGAGAACGGCAAGCCGGAGCUGAGCCCCGGGGAGUUCCCCUGCGAGGUGUGCGGCCAGGCCUUCAGCCAGACCUGGUUCCUGAAGGCACACAUGAAGAAGCACCGGGGCUCCUUCGACCACGGCUGCCACAUCUGUGGCCGGAGGUUCAAAGAGCCCUGGUUCCUCAAGAACCACAUGAAGGCCCACGGCCCCAAGUCGGGGAGCAAGAACCGACCCAAGAGCGAGCUGGACCCCAUUGCCACCAUCAACAACGUGGUCCAGGAGGAGGUGAUCGUGGCGGGCCUGUCUCUCUACGAGGUCUGCACCAAGUGUGGGAACCUGUUUACAAACCUGGACAGCUUGAACGCCCACAACGCCGUGCACCGCAAGGUGGAAGCCAGCCGGACGCGGGCGCCCGCAGAGGAGGGUGCCGGGGAGGGCCCCCCGGACACCAAGCAGUUCUUCCUACAGUGCCUGAACCUGAGACCGUCCGUGGCUGCCGACGUGGCGCCCUGUGGGCCGGCUGGAAGGCGGGUGUUGGAGCUCGACCCCGUCAACAGCUACCAGGCCUGGCAGCUGGCCACCCGGGGGAAGGUGGCCGAGCCGGCCGAGUACCUCAAGUACGGGAGCUGGGAUGAGGCGCUGGCUGGGGAUGUGGCCUUCGACAAGGACAGGCGGGAGUUCAUUUUGGUGAGCCAGGAGAAGCGCAAGCGCGAGCAGGACGUGGCGGCCACGCAGGGUCCCCCCAGGAAGAGGGCCAGCGUGCCGGGUGACCCCCUGCUCCCUGGCCACCUGGAUCCCCGGCCGGCCGUGCGCCCCAGCCGCAGAGCCGCGGCGCCCGCCGGCCACAGCAAGUCCUCAGAGUGCUUCGAGUGUGGCAAGAUCUUCCGCACCUACCACCAGAUGGUGCUGCACUCACGCGUGCACCGCCGGGCACGCCGGGACCGCGAAGCCGAGGGCGACCGCGCGGCCUGCGUCCGCUGCAGCUCGCUCAGCGAGGGGGACUCGGCCUCGCAGCCCAGCAGUCCCGGCUCAGCCUGUGCCGUGGCCGACUCGCCAGGCUCCGGCCUGGCCGACGAGGCCGUGGACGACAGCAGUGAGGAGGCUGUGCCUGAACCUGCAUCAGGGGUACGGUCGCGGCGCUGCUGCUUCUCCACGGAGGUGGUGUCGGCUGCACUCUCCGGCGGCGAGGAGAGCCACGGACUCGGCAGUCACACGCAGGACCGAGGCGGCCGGGAGUCCAGGCCCGUGACAGCGGCCUCGGUGGCAUCCACGUUUGAGAACGGCAGCCGAGCCCCGUCCAAGCGUCUGGACCAACACAGGCUCGCCCUCGACCUCAAGAUGCCGGCCUUCCACUCCCCACCGGAAACGCCGGGUGUGGGCCGCGGGGCCGACGUCCCUCCCGGUGCCCGGGGAACUGGCCCACAGCCCAAUGCGGCAAGCCCGAAGGAGAAGCUGCCUGACCCGUCCGGCAAGGAGCUGUCGGAGGGAGAAAGAAGGGCACCUGCCCCAGACGGGGCCCCCCUGGAUUUAAGCACGAGGUCGGGCGGGGACGACCCCCGGGAGGCGGGGCCCUCCCCGCAGGCCGCGCUGGUGGUCCACCCGUGUCCUUACUGCGCCCACAAGACCUACUACCCCGAGGUGCUGUGGAUGCACAAGCGAAUCUGGCACCGUGUCGGCGGCGGCGCCGUGCCACCCUGGGCGCAACCGAACGGCUACCGGAGCAUCCGCAGCGGCCUGGCGUUCCUGGCACGCAGCGGGCGCACGGGCCCCCCGCCCGCCCUUGGCGGCAAGGAGUGCCAGCCCCUGCUGCUCGCCCGCUUCACCCGCACACAGGCGCCUGGCGGGGCCCUGGGACCCAAGGGUGGCUCCCCGCCUCUCGGGGGGGCCACGAAAGCCACGAGCCUGCCUGAGAGCCGGGAGGGCCGUCCCGGGGGCCCAUCUGGGCCCGACGGGUAUCGACAGACCAGACCUGGCCACGGCCAGGAGACACCCAGCGCCGCCACCGCCGGCGGGCAGGGACCUCUGGGGAAGGCCAAACUGGAGGCCGGCGCCAAGCCCGGCCCGCCCGCAGGCGCCGGGGGCCUCAGCAGGAGCGCCACCCCUACGCCCUCCGUCAUCACCCGGGUGGCGGCCCAGCCCGCGGCCAACAGCAAGCCCACAGAGAAGUUUGGGGUGUCUCCGGCAACGGCCAGCACCGGUCCCCCACACAAGCACAGUGGCCCGAACUCUCUGAAAGCCAGAUUCAGCCCGCAGCCUCAGGGUGCGCCUCCUGUGAAGAGCGAAGGGGGGCCGUCCCCACUUCCCCGCGAGCCCCCGUCCCCGGAGCUGAGGACGUCGACCACAUGCGCCACAGCCACCAGAGGGGACCCCGCGGCGCAGGCCCAGCCCGGGACGCCCUCCGUCAUACACUCCGCCAAGCAGGAGCCCGCGGCUGAGGGCCAGGAGAAACGCCUGGACAUCCUCAGCAUCUUUAAGACGUACAUUCCAAAGGACUUCACUACGCUCUACCAGGGCUGGGGGGUCAGCAGCCCCGGGCCGGAGCACAGAGGGGACAGGCCGUGCCAGCCCAGGGACUGUGCUGACAGAGCUCACACCUAGAGGUGUGCCGCCCGCACUCCGGUGCCCGCGUGGGGAUCCCUGCGGCCUUGCUGCCCUGAGCACCAUCGCCUCCAGGAGGAAGAGCCGCGUCUCCAGCCCGGACACCCCCGCCCAGAGCCGCCAGCCCCUCCUCGCCAGCUGUGAGCCACAGCAACGAUGCAAUGCCCGGAACCCCGUGACUCCCCCCACGCAUGUGCGUGCUCACCCACCGUGGCUGUGCCCCCUUCCCCCAACACGAGUGGUGCUGGCCGCCGGGCGGGAGCUCGAGGCGUAUGUAUUCGUCACAACAAGUUGGAGACACUGGAAUAGAGCGACUCGUGGGCCUUGCACGGAGGGGAGAAGCCGACGCCGUCGGCGGAGCCGGGGCUCUGAGGACCGAGGCGAUGUCUGCAGGACCAUGGGACCGAGGUGGAUGGAGCGUUAGUACUACUGCGGUGCUCUCCGUGUCAUAGUGCGUGUCGAGAAUAGCAAACAGAGGAAAGGAAGGCGGCAGUGUUGGGGUGCUGUGGAGACCAGGCUGGCGGGGUCCCGACGAGCUGGACUGGUUCGGAGGUGUGACUGCACGAGCUGCGGGCUGCGGGCCCUCCCGCGCGCCCGCUCUGCCCACGCCGCCAUCCCUGCUGACUGCGGCAAGGGAGGCGUGGACCUGGGCACGCGUGGGAUCUGCUUCGGGAAGGAGCUGGUUGGACACUAGAAGAGCAGGCUUCUUUCUUUAUUCUCAGGACCUUUGUGUAACAGGGCUACAUUCUGUAAACUGCUCACAAAGAAAGACUGCAGGUCUCUACCAAUUAGCCACUGAAUCCUCUCGAUUUGGGCCUGAUGUAGAAAUGCAGAAGAGCCCUGAGCAGGGCUGGGGUGCCCAGAUCACGCGGGGCCUCGGGGCUCUGGUACCCUCUGUUCCCUCCCCACCUCCCCUGCACCACCCCAGCAAAUACGCGUCUUUUCCUCCUUGAGCCUGGUGCUGUCCACAGACAGCGCAGGCCGAGGUGGGGACGGCUUUAUAUACCUCUUCCAUAGUAAUGCAGAUGCAAGGUUUUGGUUUUGUUUUGUUCUGUUUUUUAAAGAGGGGGGUGAAAGCCCGUAAGACCUUACUACACCAUGCAGUGUACGCAGAUUGAAUCGUAUUCCACAGAUCUAGAUAUUUUCUUUUCCUGUUACCGUGACACUACGUGUGAUGGGAAUAUUCUGAGAGUUUCAGAUUUUUGCACAUAUGAUUUUAUGCAUUAUCAGAAGUUACUGCUGCCUUGAAAGAAAAUGUUCUGUGAAAUUUUUUGCAAAAGCUUUACUAGGGUUUUUUUUUAAUUGUGAAAUUUUGUAAAGGCAGGAAAUGGAUUAAGAUGAGCAUGCUAAAUAUAUUUUUCAAAAAAAGCAAUAAUUUUACAUGUACAGAAAUUAUCCUAACCUUUAAUACUGGUGAGAGGGACAGUUUACUUAAUACAGUAAUGGAUUACUGCAGUUUUGUAGAAAAUGGCUUCUGAUACAAAGACUUGUUUAAACACACACACACACACACACACACACCCUGAAGUGUGGUUUUCCUGUUCUAAUGAUACGUUGGAUUAUUAUUAUUAUUAUUAUUAUUAUAUUAUUGUUAUUAUUGUUAUUGUUAGUUGAUGUUUGGUUCUGGAUUCUACUUGUUACUGAGUUUAAAUUACUUGACAGUUCAGGUGGCUUUGUGACACUUGCAAACAAUGCAAUGUAACUGGCUAGCUUAUAUUCUAUUAUACAUGUAUUAUUUUUUUUACUUCUUUCCUCUGGCUAUUCUUACACCGGGUAUGUGCGAGGCUGGUCCACCGUGUUGGCGUGCUCAGGGGCCCAUGCCACCGCGGGGGCCCUCUGUGAAGUUACUUUGAGUGAGAAAGAGACACAGUCCUCAGCCACUGAGCAGUGAAGUGAGUGUGUUUGUGUUGAUUGGUGUUUGAUCAUUUCGCUAGCUGCCCCAAGUGCUCAUUCCUGCAUCGUCUGGCUUUUGUUUUCUUGGCUGAACGUAAAUGGUGACCGUUAGGAAUGUACAGAGGCUCCGGACGCGGCCCUGUCUGUCUUCUCUGUGUCUUAGUUUAUUAAAAGAAAUUCUGUACCCAAAGUGACACCAAGGUGUCGUCUACAUUUUUACUGUGUCCCAACGGCACUUGGCAUUUAGAGCUGAAAGUGUCCUUGCUCCCCACGAAUCUCUCUUCUCAGUCCGUCUGGAGAGAGGGGUGUGCUGGGGUCCCCGUGGCCGGCAGCCGGCUUGGAGCCUGGUGCGCGGGAGCGCAGCCGGAGGACAGCAGCUCGCCGGGACGGGCCACGCGGAGCGCAGAGAUGCGCCUUGCCCGUAGUUAACAGGGCCGCGAGGGGCACCCCACCUGGCCGGCACGUGCAGCCUGGAUGCGUGGCUCCUUUCUUCCACCGACCCUCAGUAUUGGACUGGCUUGUUUAUUCACUUAGGUCAGUUCCCCCAUUGUAUUUAAGUUGAUUUAUGUUUUCUUAUUUAUUUAGCCUGUGUGUGUAGAUGUGCUCUCCCGUCCAAUGGUCAUUUCCGUGGAUUCUUGACUGUUCCUGACAUUCUACUACCUCUGCCAGUCUGUCGUCUCCUCCUGACCCCACCAGGAGUUCCCCAGUGUUGCGUGUAAUGUCACACAGACAGUGAAGGGCAGGGUUGGAUACGCAGCAGCAGCCCUGGUGUCCCACCCCCUCCGCCCUGCCUGCUCGCUGCUUGCUGCCUCCCGUGCCUGGCCCCCUCCCUCCCCCCCCACCCCCCGCUUCUCCUCCUCAUGCUUCAUUUCAAAUAACACAUAGAUAGCUUCUACGGAUCUUUCAGGUUAAUCACUCGUAGUCCUUAAUUUGGAGAACGAACGUCUCGACUGUCUUUCUCGAGUGGCAGGCGCUGUCUGUCUGGUCUGAAGCCGGGGCCUGGCCAGUGUCAGGCUGACCGUAGCUGGGUCAAAGUUCACCCUGUCAACACCAGGCAGAUUGUUUUUCAAGCCAAGUGGACUCUCUCUUCUUUUUUCUUUCUGUUGUUCUGAGAAGGAUUGAAGGCUUUAAGAGGUUUCCCCAAUAUUAUUUAUUUUGUAAGUCAAGAAGGACACUGGUCUCUGAAAACAAGGUGCUCCAGGGAAUUGCAGUGGGAGGCCACUGCGGGCAUGUCGCACGGUGAAGGAAUAUUGGCUCCGUCUGUCGCAGCCAUGGAGAUCCAUCCCGAGGUGCACCUGUCUGGGAGCGGGACCGACUGCUCAGCCACAGGCCCGCGGGGCGACAGCCUCACACGCCUAGGACAUGGAUGGGGCUCCUUCCCAGCGUCCUCGGGAGAGCCAUGGAGCUCCAGGGCGAGCAGGUGCUGGGCGGGGAGUGUGGCAGGCAGCACUGCGGGCACCCCGGACCCUUGGCAGAGACGAGAGCAGCUGCCCUCCCCGAGAACACGAGGCUCCAACCCUGCCCAUGUGCACUGUGUCUGAGGGGAGGCGCGCCGCGUCCGUUCAGGGCUGUGAGGUCGGUAACUUCUGAUUCCAGAGUGUUUUAUUUACUGAGCAGACACAAAACCGUGAAACCCCAGAAAUGAUGGGCCCGGGGCCCCGCAGGGGUGCUGCGGCGGGGUGCGGCCUGCGGCCUGCGUGGGGCUCCCUGCCCUCCUGGGGCACGCUGGACCGUGGCCACCUAGGGAAACGUCUUCGUUAGCUUCGCCGAGUGGUACUCUGAGGCAGCAAAAUGCAAACAACCAUAGAAUUUGUAUUUCUUUU